AUGGAGAAAAUUUCAGUGUCAGCAUUCCUGCUUCUUGUGGCCCUCUCCUACACUCUUGCCAAAGACACCACCGUCAAAGCUGGAACCAAAAAGGACUCGAAGCCCAAAUUGCCCCAGACCCUGUCCAGAGGUUGGGGCGAUCAACUCAUCUGGACUCAGACUUAUGAAGAAGCCCUGUACAAAUCCAAGACGAGCAACAGACCCUUGAUGAUAAUUCACCACCUGGACGAAUGUCCACACAGUCAAGCUUUAAAGAAAGUGUUUGCUGAAAAUAAGGAAAUCCAGAAAUUGGCAGACCAGUUUGUUCUCCUCAACCUGGUUUAUGAAACAACAGACAAGCACCUCUCUCCAGAUGGCCAGUAUGUCCCCAGAAUUCUGUUUGUGGACCCAUCCCUGACAGUGAGGGCAGACAUCACUGGAAGAUACUCAAACCGUCUCUACGCUUACGAACCCUCUGACACAGCUCUGUUGCUGGACAACAUGAAGAAAGCUCUCAAGCUGCUGAAGACAGAGUUGUAGAGCCAGCUG